AUGUUCAUAUGUCAAUACACUCAAUCCAAUCUCAGUUCAUAUCUAUCUAUCUAUCUGUCUAUCCCAGUCUGUUCAUAUCUAUCUAUGUAUCUAUAUCCAUGUCUGUUCAUAUCUAUCUAUCGAUCCCAGUCUGUUCAUAUCUAUCUAUCUAUCUAUCUAUCUAUCUAUCUAUCUAUCCCAGUCUGUUCAUAUCUAUCUAUCUAUCUAUCUAUCUAUCUAUCGGUUCAUAUCUAUCUAUUCAUCUAUCUAUCUCUAUCUAUCUAUCUAUCUAUCUAUCCCAGUCUGUUCAUAUCUAUCUAUCUAUCUAUCUAUCUAUCUAUCUAUCUAUCUAUCUAUCUGUAUCAGUCUGUUCAUAUCUAUCUCAUGUUUGCCAAAUUUCUUUCCCUUCCCCCCUUCCUUUCCGUUAUAUGUUCUCUCCUUUUUUUCCCAUUCUUCACAUUAUUUUUUUCCUCCAUUUCUCCCUCUUUCCAUUUCCUCCCUUUCAAGCUGAUCUAUGGUUCGUUCGUCCGUUCGUUCGUUCGUUCGUUCGUUCCUUCCUUCCUUCCUUCCUUCCUUCCUUCCUUCCUUCCCGUGAAUCAUUUCUCCUUUUCCAUUUCUCCCACCUUCCUUCCUGCUUUUUCCUUCAUCUCUUCCGUCUUUUAUCUCUCACCCAUCCUUCCACUUUGUAUUUUACUCACUUCUUUUCCUUCCUUCCUUCCCGUGAAUCCUUUUCUCCUUUUCCAUUUCUCCCACCUUCCUUCCUGCUUUUUCCUUCAUCCCUUCCGUCUUUUAUCUCCCACCCAUCCUCCCACUUUGUAUUUUACUCACUUCUUUUCCUUCCUUCCUUCUUUCCUUCCUUCCCGUGAAUCCUUUUCUCCUUUUCCAUUUCUCCCACCUUCCUUCCUGCUUUUUCCUUCAUCCUUCCGUCUUUUAUCUCCCACCUAUCCUCCCACUUUGUAUUUUACUCCACUUUUUUCCUUCCUUCCUUCUUUCCUUCCUUCCGUGAAUCCUUUUCUCCUUUUCCAUUUCUCCCACCUUCCUUCCUGCUUUUCCUUCAUCUCUUCCGUCUUUUAUCUCCCACCCAUCCUCCUACUUUGUAUUUUACUCCUUCUUUUCCUUCCUUCCUUCCCGUGA